AUAUCGAACAUAUAUGUGCACAAGAGAGGAAGAAUUUUUCAUCGAACAAUAAAAGCGCAGAAUCAAAGAGCGCAGGUCUCUUAAGUCCGACGGUGUCGACCGCGAACCAAGAAAAUCAACCUGCCAAGUACGGGUGGUGGGCGGUAGACUGUGGAAGGUAAGGUGAAACACAGGGAGUCACGCGAAGCAACCCCCGUGAAACGGAGGCGGUUCGAGGAACGUUCCCGUAGCGUGGCGGAUCAGUCAGUCCUCCAGGAUGAGGCGCACGACAUGGUUGUUUCUCGCGUCGGUUUUGCUUUUCCAAGGGAUCCACGUCAUCCGCGCUCAGAGGACCCAUGCACGACAGGGUUUCAAUCGAGACCGCGAGACCGCGACAGUUACGAUACCGAACCAGGGAACCGUCCUCGGCAAAGAGAUAACUAUCGGCAAUUCGAUAAAAGUAACGCAGUACCUCGGCAUCCCUUACGCACAACCCCCGAUAGGUGAGCUUCGCUUCGCGCGGCCGGUGACGGAUCCUCUUCCCUCUUGGGACGACGUUAGAAAUGCAACGCAAUUUGCGCCGUCGUGUCAGCAGGCGAAGGGCCCUCUCAAAUUGCACGAGAAACUCUACAAACGAUUGCUACCAUCGGACAUACCCGAUCCGGGAUUCAGCGAGGAUUGCCUCUUCUUGAACAUCUUCGCUCCUGACGGAAGCCGCCAAAACGAGCGAUGGCCAGUGAUGGUUUGGUUCCACGGUGGCGACUUUAAUACCGGAACUCCAGCGAUUUGGGACGCUUCCAUAUUCGUUAUGAAACAGAAGGUGCUAGUGGUGACGGUGGCGUAUCGAUUAAACAUCCUGGGAUUCUUCACGACGACAGACCCCGAGGCGCCCGGCAAUUACGGUAUAUUCGAUCAAAUCGCCGCCCUCGACUGGGUGAAACGAAACAUCAAGCACUUUAAUGGCUCGCCCAACAACAUCGUCAUCUACGGCCACAGUUCCGGCGCGAUAAGCGUGGGUCUGCACAUAUUGAGUCCGCUCAGCAAGGGCAAGUUCAACAAGGCCAUCGCCAUGAGCGGCGACGCCGUCGGUUCCGUCCGUUCGCCGGCAGAGGAAUCUCAGGUCGUAGACGUCAUUGCCGACAAGUUCGGGUGUUACAGGCAACCGACCAGCUCGCUGAUGGAGUGCCUGCGCCGACUCGACGCCAAUCUCAUCGUCAAGCACUCCUCCGACAUCGAGACCUGGGGCCCGAUCGUCGACGCCGAGACUAACAACAAGACGGAACCUUUCCUUCCGCAACAUCCGACGGAUAUCUUGGAUAGCGGUAACUUCAACGCGGUGCCGCUAAUUGUCGGUUACACGAAGAACGAGCAAGCUCUGGCACUUAUAGAGUCCACGAACGGACAGAGUUUGGAGAACGGAUUAUCCCCGGAAAAGUUCGAAACGAUGAUCGUAGACGACUUCUCGACGGUGGUGCCGAUCUCGGAUGAGAAUAGCACCUGCGAGUCAAAGCCCGAGAUGGUGACGAACGCGGUGCUGUUCUUCUAUAAGCCAUAUCCAUCCACGAGAAAUGCGACGGUGUUUCGCGACCGAUACUUGGAUCUGCAAACAGAAAAGACUUUCGCGGCCGGUCUGACGUUGCUGGCCGGCAAGGUGGCGAAACAGGCGGCGACUUUUGUCUAUCGAUUCGACUACCGUGCCAAGACGCAACCGGUCACGAAGGACGUACCGGAAUGGGCGGGCGUGCCCCAUAUGUUCGAACUACCGUUCGUCUGGGGUUUACCGUUUCAGAUGGGCGGCACGAUGCAAUGGUUGCCUAAUGACAGGAAGACGUCCGACACGAUGAUGACAAUGAUGGCGACGUUUGCCAAGACUGGCGAGCCUUCCAUCACAGGCGGGACUGGGCCACCAGUCAAGUGGGAGCGCUUCACGCAAGACAAUCCGGGGAUCCUAAUUAUCGACAAGAAUAUCGAAAUGGGCGAGCCGAACGAGGUGGAUUACAAGGCGCUCGCGUUCUGGAACGAUUAUUAUCCGCAAGUCGUGGAAGAGGCGACGACCUGUUGCAACAUCACGAACACGGCACGGAGACUAUUUUCUUACAGCGUAUAUCUCAGCGGCAUGAUGACUACGAUGGCAUUACAUCUCUUCUGGUUUUAGCUACAAACACACAGCAAAUAUUUAAAUAAACAAAAAGAUAUGUUGCGCUCGCUGUUAUAUAUUUUUAAUAGACUAAAGAAUCGUCGAGAGAAGACGGUGCCGUCUUUUCGAAAAUUUUUUCAAUUUUGUAAAGAGAUCUCCUCCUCCUCCCUCGCUCUUUACUCUACUUUUUUGAAAGCACAAAUGCAGUAAUAAUCUUGUUAUACUCCGUGUAGAAUAUAUAAUAUCUUGCGCAAAUUGAUUUUUUAUUCGCAAUAACUACUAACGUUAUAAUAUUAUUCGCGCAUUUAAUAAAGUUCUCGCACAAUUCUCGUACAGAUCUAUUGCGAUAUUGUAAUCGUGUUAAAUUUUUUUUUUCUACGUUCGCAUUUGACACACAUCUCUCAAUUACAUUAUGAAUAUAUCACAAAGUUAUUUUAUUCCGUCCUUAUUACCUUAUUUGAUGUAGAUUAUACGAAACAAGAGAGUUAUUUCAUAAACUAAUCACGCGACAUGUCAAAAAAUGGUUUACGACUAAAAUAAAGGGCACGGGGAGGGGGUGGGGGGGGGGUGGCUCGGAAUGAAAUAAGAUCCAGGUUACAUUACAAGAGUAGGAAACUUGGGCCCUUUUCUUUAACAUUCACUGAUUUUUUUUUUAUUAUUUGCCUUAAUACGGAGAGAUAUAGAAAAACAUACUUUGUUUGAGAAACGAACAGUUUCAUAACUUAUGAAUAUUUUGAUGAUCCCGAUAAUAAUUAAUAAUUAAUAUUAAUAAUAAUAAUAGCAAUAAUCAUGUUCAUGUAUGUACCAUCUAUGUAUAAUUAUUAUAUUAUAUAAGAGAGAGAGAGGUGCGCGGCGAGCGAUGCAUGGGGGCUGGUGACCUGCGCACGCGCACAUCCACAAACAUUUCUUUUCUCUUUCUUUCUCCUAAAUAUAAUAUUAAUUAAUUAUUUCUUUUUUUUCAUUUAUUCAUGCAAAACUCCUACAAUGAUAACCGAUGCUGCGGGGUCUCGUAUCCCUACUUUGUGCGCCAUUGCUUACGCGUGCACACGAGCCACCCCGGAACCAACGUAUAUACAAUAUCCUCUUUCGCUUAUCGCUGUGUUGCUUUCUAUAUUCCGUAUCUCUUCGUUCUUCAUUCCGUUGCAUUACCUUAUGCCCUCAUUCCCCUGUCAUUUUACAACCGUCUGGAUUUCGAUAUCUUAAACUCCCAUUCUCUACUUUCACACUUAAUAUUCUGUCAGCCCCCUCCUCCUCUUUUGUCAUUAGUAUUUUUCUUGAUUUAUAACCAUUCCAAACUUUUUUUUUUUUUUUAACCACUGGUAUCUUCGGAUUUUCAUGUAGGAGAGUAUGGGCUCCGCCA